AUUACAGGGAAACUAGUGGCAGCAUUGCCCACUGGCAUGUUCCCCACUGGAGAGGCAGUUUAUUCCCUGCGCCUCCCUCCUCACCCCGUUAACACGAACCACAGGGAAUCAGAUGCAGUCUGUCGGCAGAGGCCCUGUCCAGGAUAACAGCCUCGCUGGGUUGCUGGGAGAGCCCAGAACGCUGUCCUCGGGCUGGAGGAGACAGUCUCCUGGCUCCAAACGAGGGCUCCAGCUUCUCUUCCAGGUCCCCCACACCCAAGGAGCACAGAGCAGCGAUCGCCUGGGGUCGGCUGCUUCCGGCGUGGAUGCCAGCCCAGCCCACCCCUCCACGCUGUGGUGCCACUGCCGCCAGGUGUACCUGCCGAUGAGCUACUGCUAUGCCACGCGCCUGACUGCCGAGGAGGAUGAGCUUGUCCAGAGCCUCAGACAGGAGCUGUACGUCCAGGACUACUCCAGCAUUGCCUGGCCGGCCCAGAGGAAUAACGUGGCUGCCUGCGAUCUCUACACCCCGCACAGCUGGCUGCUCACACUCGCCAAUGCCAUCCUGAACGUGUACGAAGCCCACCACAGCGCCCGGCUGAGGCAGCGAGCCAUCGCGGAGCUGUACGACCACAUCAAGGCUGACGACAGAUUCACCAAGGCCAUCAGCAGUGGCCUGGUAGGCUGCUCGUUACCGUUCCCAACGAAUCAACGGAGCUGGCUCCAUUUCCUGCCCAGGUGCGGGAGAGUCCGGCCUGGGACUCCCCAGCUCUGCACAGAUGCCCUGCUGCUGGCACGUAACCAUAGCAACCAGCAAUCCAGGCAGGCUCAGGGCCUGUUGUGCUGGGCGCUGCACACAGGAGAGUUCACGGUGGAUGACAAGGGCAUGAGCAGGCUGGUGGGAGAGGAGAGCGUGAGCAGCCGCUUGGACAUUGUACAGUGGCAAUGGAGGCUGGGCGUGCCAGAUGCCCCCCUCUGCAGAGUCUUUGCUGGGGACAGCUGGGGGGUGUGGAGUCAGCCGGGGGAAGGCCGUGGCUGGAGAGUGAUCUCCUGCCCUGUGAUGGGGAACGGACAUGGGGAUGCCAAGGGGUCCGUUCUGUGACCAGAGCCCCAUGUAGACGUGCUCGCUCGCCUGCAGACAGCCCCCAGCCUGGGGUUUGCUCUGGGGCUGGUCACGUGGUCAGGUCAUGCUGUGCAGGCCCAAGCUGAACACCACUGCGCUCUGCAGGGGAGUGACGCCUUCUCUCUCGGCAGAUUUCCAAGACCAUUAACAUGCUGGUUGGCUGGUACGUGGAUGGGGAUGUUGGGGUCCACUAGGCAUAGCUACCAGGUAACUCGGGAGAGUGGAAGGCCAAAAGUGCCGAUGAAGCUCUUUUGCUCUGGGCCUAUCUGAACCCCCAAACCCCAUCUUGUGAACUCUCACCUACUUCUAUGCUAACUGUUUACAUGCUCUGAAGUAGGCUGAAGCAGAAAUGUAAUAUCAGCUUUUUAGCAGAUGGCUGCAGUUUCACUCACACUAGCAGAAAUAAUAGAGAUAAGAAGCAGGGUAGUUAGUUUGCAGGCGUCUAAUCCAAGGUCGCAAAGACUGAGAAAGUUUUCUCACAAGCUUAUGUAGAGUUUAUUCUAACAGUUGUCUGGAAGGGAGGGGUAAGGAGGAACAGCCAGACAAAGAGAUGUAUGCAAACAGUUUGGAGUAUAAAAGGUAAAAUUUGUUUGUAUUUGUUGCACUGGAUUUGAGACAUGCCGGUCUCCUAGUGCCAUUUCAGAGCUCUGAAAUAAACUUGGCUUGCUUUCUC